GCCUGUCUCGCUAUAACACAAACCGUGACUAGCCGCAAUCGACUCGGGCGAGGAGGAUAAGGGACUGGCUUUCCUAGAGUAGCCUAUGUAACUUAACAGGGGUAGUGAUAUCUAUGGUAACAGGAGAGAGGGACGUAUAAUUUCGAGAAGGGGAGAGAGACAAAGAUAAAUACUAUCCAUACAGUUGGUUUUCCAAUAACUUUUUCUGGAACACGGGAGCGACCCGGAUGCAGUCCUGGGACAUCAGCGGAGGAGGAGCAGGCUACUGCUCGGUUCCAACGCGAGGCCCCACCGAAGUGCUGCGCGCUCGCGACGCUGCCGUAGUUGUUGCUGUGCGAUCGAGCGAUUAACAACAAGACAGGGCGACACUUCUAUGAAGAUUCAUGAAGCUUUCUAUUUGUAGCUAGAUGAGGGAGGAGGGGGUCGGCCAUGUUGACCAGGUGAGAUCAGCCUGACUGACUCGAAGCUGGAGAGCCAAUCAGGAACCUCCAUGGCAGGAUCUGGAUCUAGAGGAGAGAUGGAGCACUAAGAAGCCAUGGGAAGCUGCUGUAGCUGUCCUGACACACACUCCCUCUCAGACGAUCAUCACAGCAAGUUCAAGGUGAUCAACGUGGAUGACGAUGGCAAUGAGCUGGGCUCAGGAGUGAUGGAGCUGACAGAUGAGGAGCUGAUCUUACACACGCGCAGACGCGAGCCCGUCAACUGGCCCUACCUUUGUCUGCGGCGCUAUGGCUGUGACUCAAACCUCUUCUCCUUUGAAAGCGGCCGGCGCUGCCAGACUGGACAGGGGAUCUUUGCGUUCAAGUGUGUGCGCGCUGAGGAGAUCUUCAACAUGCUGCAGGAGACCAUGCACAGUAACAGCAUCAGUGUGGUCGAGGAGGCUGUCCUGGAACCUGGCCAGGGCCCCCUGGACCCCGACGCCCCACGCACGCCACGCACGCCCACCACUCCAGGCUACUCAGUACCUACGGUAGCCAAUGGGAUUGCUCGCUACCCGUCGUUUGGCGAGGCCUCCUCCCGCCCCUCCAGUCGCCACCCUUCUAUAGGCAGCGCCAGACUGCCCUCUGUUGGCGAGGAGGCCACACACCCUCUACUGGUCACCGACGACCCGGUCCACACGUACGUAAACACUUCAGGUAUUCAGGAAGACCGACGCUCGCGACCCUGCAGCCACACCCCUUUGGAACUUUGGCUGCCCAAUCUGGACAGCUCCUCCGCCACUCCAGCCAAUCAAGGGACAGAGGUGGAGCCCCAGGUAGUGCUGGAGGGGGAGAGUGUGAAGUUUGUCCUGGGACCCACUCCUGUCCAGAGACAGAAACAGAGACGGGUAGGUGACAGAGAGAGUGGGCCUGGCCCUGGAGGAGUGGAGCCUGGGACUGGAGUUGGAGCUGGAGCUGGAGGUACGGAAGAUGGGGCUGGGCAGAGCGACAGGGAAAGGGAGCCAGGGUUUGGGCUAGGGAAUGAGAGUCUGGAGCCAAACGGCUCCAACGACUGUGUGACCCAGUCUGCCGAAUGUGACACGGGUUACGACAGUGACGAGCGCAAGGACGCCCCUCCCCCUCCGCCGCUUCCCCCCCAAUCAAGCGCCAAGCUCUCUUACGAGCAUCACAACGGCACCAGUCACGUGUCAACUCCCGCCCCCUUCUCCGUGCCUAACCCCGCCCCCCGACGCAACCGCCCCGCCCUCCCUUCCCCCGACUUCUCCCACAACGCCAACAACUCCGCCCAGCGGCGGACGGCGCUCCUGAAUUACGAGAACCUCCCGUCUCUCCCGCCGGUCUGGGAGACGCCCAAGCGCUUCUCGGCGGGAGAGGACGAGGAGGACGAGGAGGAAGACGAGGACGAGGAGUCGUACGGACGACCAAAGACCCUCAACGGCUACCACCGCCGCCUCCAUCAUCGUCCUCACCACCACCACCACCACCACCAUCAUCAUCCGCUCCAGCACCCCCUACUGGACCCCAUGCAUAACUACGUCAACACGGAGAACGUGACCAUGCCGCUUAGCGCCAAGCUGGACUCGGCCCGUCUGCCCCGCAGGGAGGGGGGCGGUGGGGGAGGCGCGGGGCCGGGAGGGGGGACGCCCACCGUCUUUAACUUUGACUUCCGGGGGGCGGGGGGGCUGGACCCUCUCAGGCAGCUGAACUACAUCGAGGUGGAGAUGGAGAAGGGUUCAGACUCCAGCGGGCCUCACACACCUAAGACCCCCACCACCCCCCUGCUGGGGCCCCCCCCGCCACCCCCCGCCCGCCGCACGGAGCUGUACGCCGUCAUUGACAUUGAGCGCACGGCCGCCAUGUCCAGCCUGCAGAAAGCGCUGCCCCGCGACGACGGAACGUCCCGGAAAACCCGACACAACAGCACUGACCUACCCAUGUGACCUGAUGCCCGGUCAUGUGACUGGGGCCACGAAGCACUGUCUUAAUCCUCACUCUCCACCUCCCCCACUCUUUAUUUCACUUUCUUUCCAUUCUCUCCUUCCUACCCACUGUCGGAUGACCUUACAAUCUCUCUGUCCCUUCUGUUUUCUUUCCCUCUUCUUCACCCUCACACAUAUACACCCAUACACACACAAUGCUGUUGAAGGAUGCAGAUGGCUGCCACAUAUUUCCUAUUGCAAACUGUAAUGUAAGUGAAAGCAGCAGUCUUAACUUCCAGCUUGGCUCCACUGUGCCCCUGAGAGCCAGACAAGGGCCGCUACCGUUCCUGUGGCUUUAAAAAGAGCGAACUGCACCUUUUAAUUCAAUGCCUGUGUCUAAUUGGCAGAUUGACAACUUGACCAGGCCAAUAAUAAAGAGUCUUUUUGAAUGAACCUUACCAUUGGUUUAUCACGCUCCCGGUACGAGUACUGAUUUGAGUACUGAUAAUGAUUAGUUCCAGACUUAUAUAAAAAAUAAUGUACUUGCUGGUAUUUACAUAUUUUACAUUGUACACAUCUAGUCACUUUAGCCCCGUACGUACAGGACACGGUUUUAGAGGCAGACCAGGGUCAAAACACAGAAGUGAAAUACCUAUAUUUGAUGUGUGUUUUAUUUACCUCUGUUUGCACUUUUGGGACUGGACCUUUGGUGCCAUUGCACUUCUGUGAACGAAAGCUUUCACUUCUUGUCUCAAGUUCACGGUAAGUAUUUGCAAAUAUUAUUUGACCCUGGUCCGCUAACAGACGAGUCCUUGUUAUCUUAACGACAAGAAACAACAAUUGUUUACUGAGCUCUGCAGUCAUAAACAACUACAGUCCUAGUUCCAAAGUUCUUCAUCUUGCUACCCAUGCAGUUGUAUUAUAUUGUAAAAUGUAUUAUAUGUUCUAACUUGCUCUAUAUUUUUUCUACCAAGUUUUAAAAAUCAUAAAUGAAUAAAUAUAGUAAUUGUACAAAGAAGUAGUUUACUAGAUAAUGUUUAUUAAACAAAUGAAACAUUUAGGGGAGCAUGCCAUCCCUCACUGCCAAAUGUAAUUUCUCAGCCUGUGAUUGGUUACUGAAAGUUGAAACUAGUCAUUGAUUGGUCAGUAAGAGAAUCGAUUACCUAAAUGUUCCCAAUUCCCCCAUUCUGAUUGGCUCAGCCAUCCAGACGCAGCACUAAGUGGUGAGCAGUGAACGACAGCAUUUACUGUGUACAAUAAAAGCCACAAAUAUUGUACAUUUUUAUUGAAACUGAUUUUGAUAUUCGCAUUUUUCAGGUAUGGAUAUAAUAAGUUUACCAGAAAGUUUGUAUUUUUUGGAAACGAGAAAGAAGCAAACUGUGUAUUUUGUCAUAUUCUACAUCUUUCCUUAUAUGCCAUCAGUGCCAAAACACACUUUUUUGUAGCAUGGCAAAAUAUUAAUAAAAACAAGGAACUAAUGUGUCCUGAGAUACUGUCUGUCCUGUGAAGCCACACACACACACACACUGUAUCCUGC